AUGAUAGACGGGAGUGACGAGAAUGCCUGGGCACUGCAUCUUAUUCACCAAGGUGACCUCUCCAAUCCUGGAGAUGGACCCAUUUCGAAGGAAUCAAUUAAGCAAGCCACUCCACUAGUAGAGAAGAGUGUGCAUCCAACCGGAGCAAGCCGGCCGCAGCUAGCAAAGACAUUCAACGACCUACCUGCUGAAAUUCGAAGCAUGAUCUGGGAAGCAGCCCUUGUCCCGCGCGUGAUCGUGCUUAAGCUGCGAAAGGAGACCAGCGAGAGCGAUAUGCAGCCGCAUGUUGAUUACAGCAUCAUCCCAGGCAUUCUCUACGCCAACUGGGAGAGCCGAAGCAUCGCACUGAAGCACUACGAUCAAAAUUUGGCCCUUACAUUCACUAAGUGGGCUCCAGUUGAGGAUGAUUCGGCAGUCCGUACCACAAGCCGGAUACCAAUAAUCAUGGCAGCCUGCGACGAGAUCGCGUUCUCCAGCUCCCAGAUAGGCGCCGUUUUCGCACCACACGAGGUCGUCUCCAUCUCGAUCGACACAGCACCCGGGGCGCCUGAGCCGUGUAUCAGACGCUUCUCUCUCCUUAGCGACAAGCUCACCAGUCACGGCAUCGACACAGAACAUCUGGCACGGCUCUUGGACCCCGAGUCAUUCGAGUAUGACUGCAGUGAGUCUGCCGACAUCUUCGUGACCCAGACAAUCGACUGGGUGCCUUUCAACCAGUGGCACGAGAUUGGACUUUCAGACGAGUACCCGGAGGGCAUGGACACUCUUUGUGUACAUUUCGAACUUGCCCAUUCAAGCCUUGAUAGCUGGCUUAGCUCGCGGUUCAAUUCGUGGUGCCGCGGUGCGACGUACUUCAUGGACCGGGACGGCGUAGAUGCUUCGGUGCUUGAGCUGCCUGAUCCGAUUCCACCUUACUCCGGGCGGCUUUGA